UUCCGCUUCUGCUCAAAAAUGGCGUCCACCGCGGCUGCAGACGGCGUGAGUGAUGCAGAAACAGGGAAAAAAUCGAAAAAGACCAAAAACCAAGUGGAUGAAUCUGAGCUCCUGACUGUUCCUGAUGGAUGGAAGGAGCCAUCGUUCUCCAGAGAUGACAACCCCCGCGGCCUGCUGGAGGAGAGCAGCUUCGCCACCCUGUUCCCCAAAUACAGGGAGGCCUACCUGAAAGAGUGCUGGCCGCUCGUGGAGAAAGCGUUAGGAGAGUCGUCCAUUAAAGCCUCUCUGGAUCUGAUCGAGGGCAGCAUAACAGUCUGUACCACCAAGAAAACGUUUGACCCGUAUGCCAUCGUGAGAGCCAGAGAUCUCAUUAAGCUGCUGGCGAGGAGCGUCCCAUUUGAACAGGCUGUGCGGAUAUUACAGGACGACAUGGCCUGUGACAUCAUCAAAAUCGGGACUCUGGUGAGGAACAGAGAGCGCUUUGUGAAGAGAAGGCAGCGCUUGAUUGGCCCCAAAGGCUCCACCCUAAAAGCCUUAGAGUUGCUGACUAACUGCUAUGUGAUGGUGCAGGGAAACACGGUGUCAGCCCUGGGGCCCUACAACGGCCUGAAGGAGGUACGUAAAGUGGUGAUGGACACGAUGAAGAACAUCCACCCCAUCUACAACAUCAAGACACUGAUGAUCAAACGGGAGCUGUCCAAAGACCCCGACCUGCGGAUGCAGAGCUGGGAACGCUUCCUGCCCAACUUCCGCCACAAGAACCUGUCCAAGCGUAAGGCGCCCAAGAAGAAGAGCGUGAAGAAGGAGUACACGCCGUUCCCUCCUCAGCCACCAGAGAGCAAGGUUGACAAGGAGCUGGCCACGGGAGAAUUCUUCCUCCGAGAAAGUGUGAAAAGGAGAAAGAAGAUGGAGGAAAUCAAGGUCAAGCAAGCAGAAGCACUGACCAAGAAGCAAGAGGAGCGGAACAAAGCUUUCAUUCCUCCUAAAGAGAAGCCUUUGAUCAGGAAGACAGUGAAAGCGCCGACAGAAGCUAAACUGGACAUCGAAGCCCUCAAGGAGAAGGUGAAAAAGGCCAAAACGAAGAAGCUGGGGGCUCCACCAGUGAACCCAGCACCUCCCACCAGCAGCACAACCAACAAAAAGAAAAAGAACAAAAGCAAAGGCUAGACACACACAUACAGCGCUGCUGUCACAUGGACGACGUGAUGUGUGUUUGCUGGACAGAGGACAGACUGUGGAAGUGCACAGGAAGACAGGACGGCAGGCGUACGGUGUGUACGUGGAUCAGGAUUCCAUCACAGACGUUUCUAUUCAGCUGCUUGUUCUGUCAGGAAGAAUGUCCUUUUCAUAUUCUCCUGGUUCAUAUUCUCUGUUGAGACCUAGAGUGUUGACGAACAUGAAGUCGUGCUUUUCCCUCCUGCCGGCCGUCUGCUGUCAACUAUUGUCCAGAUUUUGAAUGGACAGUAUUUAUAUGUUUCAAUACGUUUUUGUUAUUUGUUGAAACUGAUGUUAUUACUCACCCUGAUCUAUAAAUACAGAAUUAAAGAAGGUUUUCUAACA